AUGUCUUUGCUCAUAUACAUAUUUGCUUCAUAUGUCAGUCCAGUAAACGCAUAUCCUGUGGCUAGUGCAAGCCCGAGCGAUGUUAACAUCACAGCCUUACAGACAGAUGUUGCUCCAGGCUGGGUUUCAGAACCUGAUGGUAGAGGCUCUUGGAGCUUGCUAUAUAGCUGUGUCGGGACUUUAGUCGCAUGCGUAUAUACAGCAAUUCACUUGAACAUUCCACCUACUCGCGAAAAAGCGUAUUUUGGUUGGGCCAGAAAAGCAAAGUGGGUUAUGAUUGCACUACUAGCUCCAGAAAUCGUCGCAUACACUGCUUUUGAACAAUAUUAUCUUGGUCGCAAGUUUCUUAAGAAGUUGGUUUCUCAAGAAGAACAAAAGGUUGCUUACCCUUCUAUCUAUGAAAAGUAUAGCACUGAUACAAUACAGACCAGCAACACUACUGCGAAACCUAAUUUCGACAUGGUAUAUGCUCAUUACACGAUGAUGGGCGGAUUUGCUGCAGAUGUUAGCCAUCUUCACAACGUCCUCAAAACUGUAACCUUCACCACCGACGGUAUCCUGUUCCUAUCUAGUGUUGGCUUGGCGCCACAUCUCGAUAAACAAGAGAUUGAGGACAAGAGUAAAUCAGACCUGCUUGGAAAGAUGCUGGCAUUCCUACAAGGCAUCUGGAGCAUUGGCCAAGCAAUUGAACGAAAGUGUUCGGGCUAUCCGACCACUAUGCUCGAAGUGCAUACUGUCGUCCAUGUUGUGUGCGCCCUAGCUUUAUAUGUUCUCUGGGCUACGAAACCGCUAAGUGUUGGGGUACCUACCAUUGUGAAGUUCAAUGAUGCGGAUGAGAAGUACCUAGCCUUUAUGCUGCAACUAGGGGCCGAGAAGGGACCUCGCUCGGUUGAACUUCACCCAAGAAAGAAAUGGUACGACAUAGCGCCAUCGAACCAUUAUGGAUUUACGAUCCAUGAUAGUACAAAGCCCGCUGGCGACGUAUAUGGUGAACCUGAGAUGGGAAUUUAUCAAAGUAAUCAGCAAACAUCAGCAAAUCCUGAUUCCAGCAAUGCUGUUGCCAGCGAGAUCGUCUCUCCUGCUUCCAAAUCGGACUACAAAUCUUCCGACCAAUGGCAGGAAGUCGGUAAUAUCGUCACUCAUUUUAGGCAAUCAGAAGAGGAGAUCAAGAGCCUUCCUGAAUCAUGUAGGGCUCGCCAAGCGUGUAUGGAAUACAAGCCAGCUACAGAUGUGCCAAUCGUUUGUACCGUGGUUACAGGCCAGUCAUUGAAGUCCGGCUUUGGUCCCGGCCUAAACCAUGAUUCGGGUAAAAUGCGCCACAACAUAAAAUGUGAUAGCAGGUCUAUUAAAAUAUCCUUCACAUACAAGGAUAUAAGGAGGCUCAAUUUAGCUUCGGCGUACAUAGAAAGUCUAUCACAACCAUCGAAAUCCGAGGAAGGACGGAGUGAUAAUAUCCAAUCGUCCUACAACGAGAAAGUUCAUGAUGCAUUAACGCCGAUAUUCGCUUUUGCCGAAAGAAUGGAUUUGCCUCUUGCAUUGAGGGCUCCUAAUAUGAGUGGAACCAUAUUCAAGAACACGCAAAGCGAUGCCACAUAUCUUUCUGCAGCAAUGGCUACGAUACCUGCGCUAUAUGGCUCCGUACACCUUGGCGCUCUUACUAUUCUGUUUCCGAGCACAGUAGAGCGGUUGGCGUGGAAAAUAUCCUGCUACUAUUUGAUUGCUGCCGCUGGUCUCUUUGGUGCUUGGUCUCUUUUAAAGUAUGGAGACAAACAGGCCGCGCAUGUCUUCAAAAUGAGUAACACACCACUCGAAAAGUGGAAAAUGUUUCGAGGCGAUUAUGGUUAUCCAUUGAAAGGGAAAACACAGAGUGUCGUACUCGGAUGCUUCUCAUUAUUUCAUUACAUCAAAUUUGUGUUACUUGGACUUGGAGCAGCGUUGUAUGUCGCCGCUAGAAUUUACAUAGUGGUUGAGUCAUUUGCCUCAUUACGCCAUGUUCCAGUUGGGGUUUAUCAGACUCCCAACCUCAAUCUUAUGGGAAACCUUCCGCAUAUUUAG